AUGCCCGACUCACCGCCGCCACCGUAUAGCGAGUAUCCUGGAGAUCACAAACAUGGGCAACCGGCCACCUAUGCGGUACCGCCACCUUUCCCUGCGGGACCAAGUGCACCCCCGCAAGAACCAAUGCCUGGCUACCAUACCCGACUACCGCCAAUUCAACAUCAACAACAGCCACAACCAGCGGUAUAUAAUGUAACACAAAUGCUCCACGUCAAGCUCGGCCCUCGAUCCUGUGAUAUUGUAUGCCCAUUCUGCCGGACACACACGAGAACCAGGCUGAAACAUGAAAGCGGCAUCCUGACGUGGCUGUUAUGUGGGGCGUUGUUUUUCUUUGGAUUCUGGAUUUGUUGUUGCUGCCCAUUCUGCAUCGAUACCUGCCAGGAUGUCGAGCACAGCUGUAGUCAAUCCGUCGAUGCGCUUGGUGGCUUUGGGAUGACUCCAUUAACACCCACUGGAGCUGAUGCGCCAUUCCAAUGUGCAGACUGCUCAGCCGAUAGCCCAACGUGGGGAUCAUUAAAUCGAGGUGUUCUCAUCUGCAAUGAGUGCUGCUUCGUUCACCGAAAUCUUGGCCGCCACAUCUCCCAUGUGCGAUCAAUCAAGAAGGGUAUUUGGUCUCAAUUUGAGCUGGAGCUGAUCUACGCAUUACAUCAGGCGGGUGCAAAUCGUGUCUGGGAACAUGCCCUCCUCGACCAAUCAGUUUCCAAAGGCCGAAGGAAGCCAUCACCAUACGACCCUGUCUUCCCAGCCAAGGAAGCUUUCAUCAAGGCAAAAUACGUCGAACAUGCUUUUGUGGUUCACCCCAACAAAGAUGACUCUCCGGUCGAUUUGGAUGACUUGAACCGACAACUCUGGAGUUGUGUCAGAACGAAUCAUGUGGAUACUACCCUGCGACUACUGGUUAUGGGAGCUGAUCCCGCUUAUGCUGAUCCAGAAAAACACAAUACGCCUCUACACGUGGCGGCGAAGGAAGGACAGUUUUUACAGGUUGAACUUCUCUGCAUUUAUGGCGGCGACCCAUCGAGGCCAAAUGCUGGAGGCCAAACACCAGCUCAAGUGGCAAAAGCCGAAGGAUUUACGGAACUGUCAAAUCGUCUGCUUGAACUGUGCUUCGAAGUGACCAAUCGCCUCUCAUUGUUCCUGUGUGGUCGAAAGCCCGAUCACGAGAAGCAGAACCACUUCUUAAUACCGGAACUGACCGGAAAGUCUGCCGUCAGCAAGAAGCCCCACCGUCGCGGCCUUCAGGGUCUCAGUCCACAACAAUUUGAACGGUUCACGCAGGAUAUUUAUGAUGAGGCGGACCGUCGCGAAAUCUCAGCUGUCUGGGCUGCUCUAACCAGAGGAGAAGUGAACCUUGGCAAUGAGAACGUGGUCGCGGUGUUUUUACCGCUAAAUCCGGAGCUAACAGCCACGCGAAACCAGAUGAGGCAAAAAUUGGCAAAGUACGACACCAGGGAAUUUGCAGCUUUUGUGAUUGACGUUUUAAAAGAGGCAAAGCGAAGGUUCCUCGGCGAGCCCCCAGAUGUUGAUGAGGACGAGCCGGCGGAAACUUCGAAUAAUUUGUCGGGAACCGCUGCCAGCCUUCACAACACUUUCCUAUCCGAUGGCAAUCGCGAUUAUGAUGACGUAGCAGAUUGCUUUGCAGCAAACCGGCAUGCAGCAAAUAACAAUUCUUCUAAUGCCCACACCCAAAAUCUCGCCGACGAUGCAAAUUUGAAGGACGAGGUCCUGGAAUUGAGGGAACGGGUUGCCGAUGCGGAGGCGAAAAUCGCCACGAUAUCGUCGAACAAUUCGCAACUUUUGAAGCUGGUCAACGGACUACAAAUCACAAUGAAACAAAUGCAUGACGAUAAUAUGUCAAUUCGCGAUGAGAUCUCCCGGCUCGCUGAUGCACAGCAGCAAGUGAAUAAUCAACGUAGACUGGUUGGGAUGGGCCAAUCGGUUCACUCACCACAACAAGCCCAAAUAACGAUGGCUAGUCAAUUCCAUAAUGGUGGAGGGCCACUGCAUUCACAAUCUAUGACCGAAAGAGGGAGCAGCGUCCCGAAGCAAUCAGUAUCCGAUAUUGACGAAGCCACGCGGCGGUAUGGUAGAAGCCAGAAGAGUGCUACUCCAAGCGGGAGAAUGAGCGCCGAUCAUCACCGAGAAGGAGAACGGCGCAUCGAGAUUGAGCGCCUUCGUGAUAGUCGCGAACGAGACCGCGAAAUGGGUGAUCGUUUCUCCAACAAAGAAUACGCUCGUGAACACGGCUCCAGAAUCCAGGAGAUCUUCCAGAAUUCAGUAUUCCCUGACAACAUCGUCAUCGAAACCGAACAACUGACCGGGUUGAUUCGGGUGGUUUUGAAGGACGCUCAGAUGGGGGUGCUUCAACCAAAGGCACGGGAGCAUGCAUUAAAGAUCGGUGCUCAAGUCGAUAGUAUGUUGGCUCUGGUUCCCACAGGGAUUCCGGCUGCGGAUAAGGCUGCGGCUGCUAUGUCGGAAGCUACGGUGGUCCUCGCCGCGAAAUGCAACUCACCGAACUUCAACAGCGAGCUAACUUGCCAAGCCGCAUAUGGCCUCGCAAAGGCGGCCAAACAACUCCUCCAAAUUUUUACCCCUAUGGCA